CACUGACUCCGAGAAGCGUCUGGUUAUGGGUAGGAAAUGGUGGAUGGUUGAAGACGUAUGGUUGGGACUGUGUUAUUGGGGUUUAUGCCCCUAGCUAGUAUUUUGGCGAAGUGAUGGGGAAAUCGCGAGAUACAUCCACGUCUUAGAUGCACGGGUGCCUAAGAUACGGAUUAGUGUGUAAUAUGAGACCGCAUGAGACCUUGACAAGUGAAACUUCUUUGUGAGCGUGGUUUCAAGGUCCCGUGCAUCUCCCAGCACCUGAUCUAAAGGUUUUUAUAUGACCAGAUCAGUACGUUGUGAGGCAUUAAGCCUUUACAUGGCUAGUCUAGUCCAAGCUGUUAUCUCACUUGUGUGACAUCAGAGUACUAUGAUGAAAGACAACAGUAGUGAAGCCAUGAAGUCCGAUGGAAAUCCAGUUGCUAUAUGGGAGGCAAAAUUCAAGAAGGACACACUGGUUGGUAGAGACUUCAGGGAAUAUUGGAAGCUGCAUGUACCAAAGAUUUAUGCCCCUGAUGAGAGCACCAACUUUCUGCAUAUCACCUAUGAUGAUGAAAGUACACAGAAACUGCUCUUUGAUACCCUGAAGCAGUUUAUAUGCAUUGACAACCCAGCAGAAGUUCUGAAGCACCUGAAGGAGCUGACCACGCCAGCAGCUCUCUGCGGCAAGGUGUUCCGCAUGGGCGAGGCCACAUACAGCUGUCGGGACUGUGGCCAGGACCCCACCUGUGUCCUCUGCCGGGACUGCUUCAAGGCAUCUGCCCAUCAACAGCACAGGUACAAAAUGAACCAGUCUGUGGGUGGCGGCUACUGUGACUGCGGCGACCGCGAGGCCUGGAAGGACAACUUCUGCUGCAGCAUCCACGAGAAGAAUGCCACCGGCAGCGGCACCAGCUCGCUCUUCAAGUUUCCGCCCGAGAUCGUGCAGCGCGCGCGCGCCGUCUUCGCGGCAGUUCUGGACUACGCUCUGGAGAUGCUGAUGCACGAGAACACGAUGGGCCUGCCUCACGACCUGCGGUGUCCGGCCGAACACGACGGCGACGCAGACGACCUGCUGGCGGGCACCGAGCCCUUCCACACGCCGCUCUACGUCACCAUGUUCUACAACGACGAGACCCACACCUUCGAGCAGGUGAUCGAGUGUCUGCGUCGCGCCGUCGAGUGCUCGCAGCGCGACGCCGUCGACUACGCCACCAUCAUCGACCGCGUGGGGCGCAGCAUCGUCAAGUGCGGCGACUUCCAGACGUGCCACCGGGCGAAGCAGGUGUUCGAGACGCACUCGACCCGUCACAGCAACCGGCCGUACAAGGUGCACGUGAUGCACACGCACGUGGUGGCGCACCAGACGUUCGCCAUGCGUCUGCUGCUCUGGCUCAAGAAGCUGAUCGAGGAGGUGGACGGCUUCCGCACCCUCUUCGGCCAGAUCGUCACCGAGCCGGCGGCUGACGGCCCCCUGCUGGAGCGGGUCAUGAAGACCGACACCCAGCUGUGGAAGCUGGCGCGCAACCAGUGGCAUCUGCUGCUCAUCCAGGGCAUGCUCAUGGAGCACGACAGCAAGAAAGUGUUCGCAAAGACGUUCACCCGGCUUUAUCCGAAUCUGAUGCGCGACUUCAUGCGCGACGACCACAACCACAGCGACUCGGUGACGAGUCUGUCGGUGCAGAUCUACACGGUGCCCACCAUCGCGCACAUGCUCAUCACCGACGAGGACUGCCUCUCGAUUGUGACGCGCACCUUCUACGACGAGUGCAUCAACAGGCGCAACACGCAGGGCGUGCUAGCGUUCAACCCACGCAGCGACAACGUCGCCUGGAGACGCAUCAGCUACUGUCUGAACGACCUGCGCUACCUGCUGAGCGUGCGGCCGACGCAGUGGACCGAGCAGCUGCGGCGCGGCUUCCUGCACGGCUUCACCUCCAUCCUGGAUGUGCUGGCCAUCAUGGAGGGGAUGGACGCGUCGGUGCGCCAGAUGGGCAACCACCUGGAGUACGACCCCGAGUGGCAGACGGCGUUCACGCUAUUCGGCAAGCUCUCGUACGUCAUCAACCACCUUGUGGACUGGUGCAGCACCGACCGCCAGGUGCUCGUCAAGGCGUACCGAGCGCUGCUGCGGAAGCUGUACGGCAAGCUGAGCCCGGAGCGAGUGAAGCCCAGCGCCCAGCUGGAGGCGGUCGGCAAGACCUUCCGCGUGGUCGAGUUCGACAUGUGGCAGAACGCCGUGUCGCUGCACCUGCCACUCACCAGGAUGCUGGCGGGCCUCCACCUGCACCUGGGGGGCUUCGGCCUGACCUUCAACGCGUUCGAGUUUGAGAUGGAGAACCGACCGACCAUCCAGCAGAUCGUGGAGACGUCGCUGCGGGCCGUCAUCCUGACCACACAGGUCCGCGCCGGCAUGUGGCGUCGGAACGGCACCUCUCUGGUCAGCCAGGUGCACUUCUACAGCAACGUGCGCAUCCGCGCUGAGAUCCAGGACCGGGACAUUCAGAUCCUGCAGAUGGCCGCCGCCCUGGAGGACCCGGAUGAGUUCGUCAUGACGCUCAUGCUGCGCUACGGUAUCCACCACUGGCUCGACCCCAACUUCGAGGACGUCAUGCGCCGGACGCCGGACGUGGACGGCGAGACAGCCACAUGUUUCGUGCAGACCGUGCAGGAGUUCACCCACAACCUGGAGGAACUGAUCCUGGUGCUGAUCCACGUGUUCGGCGAGCGCUACCAACCGGGCGUGGGCGCCGUCACCAAGGAGGACUGCCUCAAGAAGGAGAUAAUCCAGUCACUCUGUAUUGAGCCGACGCCGCACUCGAAGCUCUGCAAGCUGGUAGUGGCUGAGAACCACCAGGAAUUGAGCAUCGAGCAGCUAGCCGACCAGGUGGCCGAGUUCAAGCUGCCGCAGCACGGCACCGGCAAAGGCGUCUACGAGCUGAGACCAGAGCUCUACUCGGACUACAACCCGUUCUGGUACCACUAUACGCGCGAGGAGCAAUCGCGCGCCGAGGGUGCGCAGCGGCGGCGCAAGCGGUUGGCCGGCGAGCCGCCCUGCUUGCCGCCGCCCCUGCUGCCGCCCUUCACGCCCGAGUUCUGCAACGCUCGCAACGUGGCCGUGUGUCCGGCCAUGCUGAACGUGCUGCUGACCGUGCUGAGGAGGUCGUCGGACCUGCACGCGCGCGUCUUCUCGGAGACGAUGUUCCAGCGCACGCUGUUCCUGAUCGGCAUGGCACUGAACGAGGAGGAGCGCGGCGCGGCGGCCGACCCGCGUCACGCUUUCGGAUUCUCGCGACCCGCCCAGCAGGCCGGCGUCGUCGACGCCCUCCAGCAGAUGGUGGGCAACCCACGAGUGAGCUCGCACGCCGACCUGCUGACCUGGGUGGUGGCCAAGCUGAACCGGCUGCUGGGCCGGGCGGCGGCCGCCACGGAGAGCUCGUCCGGCGCGGCUGAGGACGCCAGCUCGGAGCAGAAGCGGCGCCGCGAAAAGGCGGCUGCCCGCCGCGCGCGCAUCCUCGGCCAGAUGCAGGCGCAGCAGAAGAAGUUCAUCGCGCAGAACGUGACGGCGCUGGCCGAGCACGAAGAGGAAGAGCGUCUCGCCGGUUCGUCCAUGGACUUGAGCGAGUGCGCCGGCCCGGACGAGUGGCCCGUGUGUCUGGGGCCGCGGCAGACGGCGCGACCGGCCGCCGCCGCCGAGUACACCUGCAUCCUGUGCCAGGCCACCGAGCAGGUGUCCAGCACCCGCCCGGCCAUGGUGAUGGCCGCCUUCGUGCAGCUGUCUACCGUGCUGUCGCGCGACCGCGCCAGCCAGGCGCCCAAUCCGGUACUGUACGUGCCGAGCAACCUGCACCGGUUGCCGCACACCUCCAGCUGCGGGCACGCCAUGCAUGCCGCCUGCUGGCAGCGCCACUUCGAGAACGUCUGUCUGCGGGAGCGGCGCCGCGCGCUCAGGCUGCGGCACAACCUCAGUUAUGAUGUGCAGAAGCGCGAGUUCCUGUGCCCGCUAUGCCAGUGCCUGAGCAACACCGUGGUGCCGCUGGUGCCGGCGCGCAUGGUGGCACUCGACGGAGACGACCGGCCCGCCGUCGACAACAUCAACGUUUGGAUCAAGGGCCUGCAGCUGGCUUGCGCCCACACGGUGGUGCGUGUGAACGAGGCGGCGCCGGGGGGCGCCGAGCCGGCCCGCGUGCGCUGCCGCAGUCCCGGCCUCAAGGCCGUGCUCAAGCACAUGACGCAGCGUGAAGGCAACCAGUUCCGGGCGCAGGUCCAGCAGGGCGACCGGAUAGCCGAGACGCCGACCUCGACGCGUGAGAUGAUGAACACGUUCGCGAUGGUGCCCUGCAUGAUCGGCCUGGACGCCGGCGUCGAGUUCGGCGACCAGCGUGUGGCGUUGAUGUCGCUGCAGACGUGCGCCUACACACUGCACACCACAGAGCAGCUGCUGCGUCACACGGGCCGGCCACUGCUGGCCGAGCUGGGCAGCCGCGGCGACAUCUGCCUGACGCAGCUGACGCACGUGUGCGCCACCAUGCUGCCGGUGGUGGCGGCGCUGGAGACGGCGCAGGAGGCGUGCGGCCGCCUGCUGCGGCUGCUGCUCGAGCCGCCUGCCGACGGGCCCACCGUGAUGCGGCUGGACGCGUUCGGCCUGGUGGUGACGCUCUGCUCGCUGGUUACCGCGCUGUUCGUCGACCACGCCGAUGACAUCCCGGCGCCGUCCGGGUCGCUCCAGGACCUGCAGUGCGUGCGGCUGGCGCUGGUGCUGCACCUGGUGCAGGUGCUGCUGACGAUGGACGUGGCGGAGCUGGCGCGCCAGGAGCCGAUGGAGACGGACGGCGAGCCGGCCGACCAGGACGAACAGCAGUGGCUGGCCGAGCUCUACACGCUGGUCCGCUCGGCGGCCGGCAUCGACGUGGCCGAUGUCAGCCCUCCGUUGCUGCGGCAGUACGUCAUCAACGCCAUCACCCCGUUUCUGCGCUGCUGCGCGCUCUACUUCCACUUCCUGACGGGGGUGCGCGCGCCGGCUGAGCUGCAGCAGUCGCUGCCGCUGGCCGAGCAGUACCCGCACCUGCUGCGCUACUUGGGGCUCGACUCGCUGUGUGUGCCGCAGGCCACCGACUGCCACAGCGUGCUACAGGACCUCAUCUUCAAGUGGUGUCAGCACCCUUCCAUCCGGCCGGAGCUGUCGGGCAGCCGGGGACCGCUCGUCAAGUACCCGCUCUCCGUCAACACACUGAUCCAGCUGCCCGACGACUUCUCCGAGCUCAUCAACAAGGUGUCGGACUUCACGUGCCCGAGCAGCGACGGCGAGUCUCGGGUGCCGGCCAUGUGCCUGGUGUGCGGAGAGCUGCUCUGCUCGCAGUCGUACUGCUGUCAGGUGCAGGUGGACCCGAUCGGCCAGAUCGGCGCCUGCAACGCCCACCUCAUGCGCUGUGGCGCCGGCUCCGGCGUCAUGCUGCGCAUCCGGGAGUGUCGCGUCCACCUGCUCGUCAACAAAGUCAGAGGCGCUAACGUGCCGCCGCCGUACGUGGACAAGUUCGGCGAGAUGGACCAGGGCCUCCAGCGCGGCAACCCGCUGACGCUGUGGCGGGAGCAGUACGUCAAGCUGAACCGGCUCUGGCUGUCGCACGGCAUCCCCGAGGAGGUGACGCGCCACAUGGAGGACUCGUUCAGCCAGACCGACUGGCAGAACCUGUGAGCGGCGGGCGCGCGGCGAGCCGAGCCCCCACUCUGCCGGCGGUCCGGGUGGUGAGGCCGCCCGGCGCGCCGGCCGCGGCGGCGCCGCCGCGACGGCACCGUGUCUUUCGGCGCUCCUCCGUGCAGGAGCCACUGCCGGGCGAGGCCCGCGCUGCCAGCGCCGCGGCGUGGGGCGGAGCAGAGGUUGGGCGGGGUGACGGCGCCGGCUGCCCCCGAACGGUCCGCGGCCGGCCGACUGGUGUCGAUCGGGCCGUGCGCCGGUCUGGCCUCGCGCGGGCCGUAGUUAAGACGGGGCGCCGUUGAGUGGCGUAUGUUCCUCCGAUGUACUAACCCGUGUUACCUGCGAGAUUUAGGGCGCGCCGCUCAGUCGGCGCUCACGAUGCACGGAUUGUUGUAGUCGCCGCCAGCUCUGCUACUCUCACUUCAGAUCUUUCUGUGUUGGCUUGGUGUCGAGGGCGAACGGGCCCGCUGCUGUGGAAGGAAUAGCGCAGUGCAAUCGAGAUUUAUCCUGCUACUGUUGAGUCUGAUAGCCGUUCACGUAUGCGGGCGGUGUGCUGAUGACCGGAUGGCCGCAUCACUCAGCCGCCCUGCGCCGGCGACACGCACCGUCUCGCUGGCGUCCAACCACGUGCAGGAUUCUGCUCCGCCAUCUCGCAGUGAGGGAGAUCACUGCGGAAAAUCGGUCAUGCAACGGGCUGUCAUUGCCAGUGAUGGGCUGUCGUUGCGGGUAUGUGGGGCGUGCCGGCGCCGAAGUCGCCUGAUGACGGAGGGCCGGGCGGACCUCGCGCGUGCUGGGUGAUGGGCGGUGUGUUGACGUGGAUCGAGAUCCGUGCUGUCCCGCGCAGCUUAUACUGGUGUCACAAAACUCGGGACAUGGGAGCGGUUGGGGUCGCGGAUACCUCACAUCCUGGCAAACCAGAGGCAGCGACUUCUUUGUGCAGACGGGCACGGCCACAUUACACAUAAUACUUCCGAAUGCUCUGCUAAUUGCGUGCACUAUUGAUAGCCGCACUAACGGUCGACACUUGUAACCUCUGUCAACGCUUCCACGCCGUAGUGCAAUGCGCAUCGCGCUGCCGACAGCCGCUGUUUGCUCGUCGUUCGGCCGGGUUCACUGUCGUCGCCGCGCUGGAAGCCUAGCGCCCCGCUGUGAUGCACCGUCUGCUUAGUGCGCGCUCGGCCGACCGCGCCGUUUGACGUCUGACCAGGGGCUGGAUGAGGGCGCCGCCGACCGGGCGCCGCCCAGCGCUGUACAUAGUGGGACUGUUGUGAGCGCGUGUCGCUGCGACCGCGCGCUGCUGGGCCGCCGCUCGCGCCCGGGCUCGGGUGGGUCUGGUACUGCGCCGGCGCCCGUGAGGUGUGCUGUAACAUGUCCUUAAGUAGAGAUAUGCGUGUUCUGCCUUCGAAAAUGGUUUAAUAUAUUGCUGGAGUU